UUACACAACAUCCAGAGAGACAGCACCACACGUGCAUUUUCGUCCAGUUGGAAAUGGCCACCCGUUGGGGCAUCUGCAGCGCUGGGAAGAUUAGUCAUGACUUCACAGUGGCAUUAAAGACCUUGCCUUCCAAGGAACAUCAGGUGGUUGCUGUAGCUGCUCGAGACCUGAUGCACGCUCAGGCAUUUGCAACAAAGCAUAGCAUCCCACGAGCCUACGGAAGUUAUGAAGAGCUAGCCAAAGAUUCAGAAAUUGAUGUAGUCUAUGUGGGCACUAUCCACCCUCACCACUUGAGUGCGGGCAGGCUCUUCAUGAACGCCCACAAGAACGUUCUGAUUGAGAAGCCCCUGGCUAUGAACGCAGGAGAGGCGUCAGAGUUGAUUUCCACAGCCAAGAGGAACAAAGUCUUCAUGAUGGAAAUGUUUUGUAAGGCCCUGUGGACGCGGUUCUUUCCUGUGUCGGUGGAGAUCCGUCAGCGUCUGGCCCAGGGGGAGGUGGGGGAGGUGCAGCUGGUGCGGGCUGACCUGGGCGCCCCCCUCACACACAUCCCUCGCCUGGCAGAGAGAGACCUGGGUGGAGGGGCCGUCCUGGAUCUGGGAGUCUACUGCCUGCAGUUUGUCCUCAUGGUGUUCAAUGGGGAGAAGCCAGAGUCUGUGCAUGCGAGUGGAUUCAAUCUGGAUACAGGAGUUGAUGGAACCAUGGUGAUAGUUCUGAAGUUUUCUGGAAACAGGAUGGCUGUGUGUACUUGCUCCAUUACAAUGAUGCUGACCAAUGAUGCCGUCAUAGUUGGGUCCAAGGGUACCAUCAAAGUGCCAGACCACAUGUGGUGCCCAACCACGCUGGAGGUAAAUGGGGAAGUGAGCAAGCAUCCACUCCCAGAGCCCCCAAUGCCUCUGAACUUCAUCAACAGCACUGGUCUGCGCUAUGAGGCCCAGGAAGUGCGCCAGUGCCUGCUUCAAGGCUUUAAAGAGUGCCCUGUGAUGUCGUGGUCAGACUCCAGCCUUCUGGCAGAGGUGAUAGAUGAGGCCAGAAGAGAAGUGAUAUGACUGACUGACCAAUGGAACUAAGGCCAGCAAGAACUUAACAACCUCACACUACCCAAUGUUCAAUAAAAAUAUGAUUUUUUUUUUUUUUUACAUUUUACCUCAGUGCUCUAGUUCAUAGAGUCUUCUUGGUAAAUAUUAUCAUGUUUGAUGAUGAUGGUUAUUCAUUGGUUAUGCACUUGUUUAACUAAAUAUCAUGUGCUAGUUUUACUUAAUUAUGCACUCAUUUUAUUAAAUAAUUUUACCAAAUGAUGCACUCUACUAAAUUAAAAGUAAUAGUUUAAUAACAUGAUUUAUACACCAAAACAGGACACUGCAGCAUUUAACAUGUGAUAUUGCCUAUGAAAAACAAUUACCUUGCUCAGAUAUUUAUGCUGCAUAGUAUCUUGUGCAGUGUCCAGAUUUGAUCACCUGGAAAGUAUGAUUCUCACCUCUCACCUUUGGAGGUUGGGUGCAUAUUUAUACAGUAUAUUUGUGCAGCUGUGAUUAUAAUAAGCCCCUGCUUCACAUCAGCUUUGCUAAUGCCUUUAGUCUGUACUGGAGUGAACAGUUUGCCCUCGUACUAGUCAAAUCUAGUUUCAGUCUUAACCAUUACCUGGUGAUGAUGCUUGCCUCUCUUCACCUGUUCAACCUCUGAAAACCAUGUAUUAUUCCCUUGCCUCUACUAUUUCUCACUAAGAGGCCAAAUUAGUGAACAGCCACAUAUUACAAAUAGUAUAUUAUGAAAUGUUAACCAUCUUUAAAAAUUCACAAGUUCAAAAUAUAAGCUCCAAGUAUUACAUUUGACGGACCCCUCAUAAUACACAGCUUAGGCAAUUCCAAUUCUUGUUUCACAUGGUUCAUAGUUUUUUUGUGGUCUGCUUUAUGAA